AUUUCCAGUACAUCUUCUCCUAAGUUUGUGCUGAGCAGUACUGGGUCAUUCAGCCCAGUUCAGUUCCGUAGUACAUCAGAACUGCAUACCAGGGCUAAAACCUAGACUGCUUGAAAACUGUAUCUGAGCAUGUAUCCUAUUUUUCAAAUAAUACAGGUUUGAAUACUUACAGAAGCUGUUGGCAAAACUUUCAGAAAUCUCUUGAUUUAACUACAUUUGAAGCUAACAAGACAUUAAAAAAUGGACAAAGAAAGUAUUCCUACCACUACCUCUGAUUAUUAUCAAGUUUAUGAAACCUAUGACUUUGGAGCAUCUGGGGCACAACCUUGCAAGUUUGAUUCGGUUAUGGAAUUCAACCAGAAAUUCAUUCCUCCUGUUUACUCAUUGGUGUUUGUUUUUGGAAUCAUGGGAAACACACUGGUGCUUCUUAUUUUAAGUCGUUAUAGGCAUUCAUGGGCUGUGGCAGACACCUAUCUUCUUCAUUUGACAGUAGCUGAUUUACUGUUAGUUUUCACUCUCCCAUUCUGGGCAGUUCAGUAUGUUCAUGGCUGGAUCUUUGGCAACAUCUCUUGCAAAAUUGUUGGAGCAAUGUUUAUAAUUAAUCUGUACAGUAGCAUAUUGUUCCUUGCUUGCAUUAGCUUUGAUCGCUACCUUUCAAUUGUACAUGCAGUCCAAAUGUACAGGAAGAGCAAAACCAUUUGUGUCCGGAUAACAUGCAUUGUAAUUUGGAUUAUCUGCAUUUUAUUUUCAUUAGUAGAAUUCUACUUCCGAGAAUCUGGAUACUUCCAUGACGUUAAAGCUGACAUUUGUCAUUAUGCUUUUGAUGCAGAAAGUGCAGAUACAUGGAGAUCCACUCUUCGCUUAGUAAACCUUGUUGUUCUUUUUUUCCUUCCCCUCACUGUCAUGAUCUACUGUUAUUCAAUGAUAUGCCGGUCACUGCACCAAGCUCACCUAUUUGAAAGACACAAAUCUCUUAAAGUGAUAGUAUCAGUUAUAGCUGUAUUUCUCAUAUGCUGGGCACCAUAUAAUGCAUUUUACUUUGUUGACAGCUUACAAAGAAUGAAACUCAUUGAAAGAGACUGCAAAAUGGAGCACAUAUUAGAUACUGGUAUAACCAUUACUGAGAGUCUGGGAUUUAUUCACUGCUGCCUUAACCCAAUUAUUUAUAUGUUUGUUGGCACAAAGUUCAGGAGGGAAAUUACCAAACUGUUCAAGUGUGGCCGGCACAGAAAAGCAAGCUCUACAAGCAGUCAGGACAACUGCAGACCAAAAGCACUAUCUUUGGUAUCAGAUGAAGAAAAUACUGGGUUGUAUUCUGUUAUGUUUUAAAUACGAAAUCUGGUGCAUUCUGAAGCUCUGAACCGGCUUGUUUUUUUAUUAACAAGAAGACUUGAGCAACUUAAUCAUAAAAUCUCAAAAGGGGAGCUUUUGCAUUCACAUUAAUGUUAAAUGUUGCAUGGGAGAUUUAUGUGCACAUGUAAUUUGAAUGUUAGUACACAGUAUUAUCAAGGAAGAUGUCACUUUUGGCCAUAUACUAAUCUAAAAACAAUCUGAGCAAUAACUAUUUAAACAAAAUACUUAAUAUGAAUGCCAGUGAAAAAUGUAAUAUGAUGGACAAAACAGUGACUGAAAACUCAGGUAGCCCAAAGAGUCCGUAGCACAUCCAACAAAACCAUAAGUGGUUACUAUAAAUGGAGCAUCACCCUACACAAGUAGCACAGGAAAUUGUCUAUGUCAUUUUUUUUUUACUUUCAUUAUAUCCACAAGGACAUUUACAGUUUUAAGGCUGAAAAACCAGUGUUAGUAGUGGAUACUGCUUUAUGACAUUUGUUGUUUUUGAGUACAACCAGAUCAAUAAGCCUGCACAGUGGCCCAAAGACCAGUAAUGCAAUCAAAACAUAGAAUAUAUAAAAUGUUCAAUAAAAUACAUGACAAAAAUUUACUAAUCAAAUUAGAUCAACUAAGCAUAUAAAUAAAGAGGGAUGUAAAGGAAGACUAACUAUCUUUUAGGAAUUUCCUAAACUAUGUAAGUAUAUAUUACAAAAACAAUAUAGAUAACUAAAUGCCAUUAUAUAAACUAGUUAAUAUAAAGAAGUACAUGAGUACAUGUCGUAGGAUAGUAUAUGUAAGAUCACAAGUGCAAAACACUGCCAGUGUGAUAUAUAUCAUUUCUGCUCAGAAAUUUUAUAAGACUUAAUGAAAAUGAUGCAGCACUGUAAGAAAGAUAUUACAAAUCACAAUCAUUAAGGGAAUAUUGAAACAGCCAAGCAGACGAAUGGAAUUGUGCACUGCAUGACCUACUAUUGCAGUUGUAAAGUAUAAUUAUGUUGGUAGAAGGGAUUAUCAGUUUUUUUUUCAGGCUUUAUCUUAUAACCUGUGAAAAUGCCUUCAUAUAAUUGUCUAUCUUAUAAAUGAUCAAAAGAAAAUUAUUAGCACACUGUGGCAAAAUGCGUCAUAUACCAAAUGUUAUGAAUGCAUGGCAGAAGAUAACAAUAGCUGUGGUAAACCCACACAUGACAGAAAAUCAAAUAAAGUCACCCAUCAAAGGUGUCAAACACACCACAAGAGUGUGCAUCUAAAUCUAUAGAGAUGUAACAGGCUAGAAUUACAAAUGUGUGUAAUUUGUAUAUCUAUGCCAGCAUAUUGUGCUCUUACCUAUCUAAUAAGUGUGCACAAAUGAAUAAGGAAUAAAAAAAUUCACAGCUCACAAUCUUGUAUUCCACUUUGAAUUAAAUCAUUUAAUCAAAGGGGACAAGUUUCACAUUCAACUUAAAACAAUUAACUCAAAUGUACACAUACACACACACACACACACACACACACACACACACACACACAUAUAUAUAU